GUGAUAAAUGUAAUUGUCACUAUUUAAAAAAUAUUGCAGACAUGGAAUAUGGAAGAAAGGAUUUUUAAAAAAAAUCAGGGAUUGCUGCUCCUUGCUAUCAGUACAUUUGAAUGUAAAGGAACCUUCACAAACGCAUAUGUUCACAAAUUUUAAGAAGGUAGGGGUGCACCCCAUUUUAACAUUGGAAGCCCACAAGGAUGUUGUGCACAUGCGCGGUGUGUGCAAUCCACGGGAGUGCGAGAGGUAGCGAAGGCAGUCCUAAUGGCGGAGAAUGUACGGUCGCCUUUUGACUACCGGGAGCCACCGACCCUCGACAGCGACGGKGAUGGGAGCAAGCCGCCGCCGCCACGGGGCCGCGUGUGUGGGAGAAAAAGGAAGGGGACACCUGUGAAGGUGUGCGAUCGAGCGUAUGUAACAGAAGAUGAGGAGGAGGAGAGCAUGUCGGAGCACAGCUACAGCCCUGGUGAUGGCCAGUACCCAGAAGGUGCAGAAGACCGCCUCCCUCCACCCGGGAGCCCCUACUACCUACCUGAUCCCACUCAGCUCUGCGUUCCCGAGCUCGGGGAGGAAGGGGCCAGCGGCGUCCGAGGACCCGUGCUUUUCCACCCGCCUCCUAACUGCCGCAUCCGAGAAGUCCACUGUGGGACGCAGGUGCGCUUGGUUGUCAUAGCCAUUCGGGACAUCGCGAAAGGGGAGGAGAUCACGGUGGACUACAGCCUGACGGAUUGGGGAGAGAAUGCAUUGGAGGAAGAGGCUGGCCCUCAUCCCCUGUCCCUCUCUGUUUCCGAUUACCUGACACCCUCCUGGUCGUUGUCGCCCUCCUCCUCCCCCCUCACCCACUCUGAGCCCAGCGACUCGGACCGAGAGGAGGACGAGGAGGAAGAAGACGACGACGAUGACGAUGAUGAC